UAACCUCUCUAAUUAGGAAGCGUUUCAAGAAUAAUUAUUGAUUUCACAUUCAGAAAUUGAAUUGAUAUGGCUUCUCCUUCAUUGACCUUUGCAUUUUUUCUUUCCUUGAUUAACUUCCCUUGCUUGAUCAAUGCCCAACAACGUUACGCUGCAGAUAUUUGCACUGUAAAUGACAGCUCCUCUUCUAUUCUUGGGUACAAUUGCAGCGGCGUAAACACAACUUGCGAAUCUUUUUUAAUCUACAGAGCACAACCUUCAUACAAUACCAUCUCUUCUAUUGCUUCUCUUUUAUCUGCCAACGCAUCUCAGAUGUCCGAGAUCAACAACAUAUCGGAAAACGUAACAAUGCAAACAAACAACGAGGUGAUCGUUCCUGUGACGUGCUCCUGUGCAGAUCGGUUCCACCAAGUUAACACGAGUUAUGUUGUUCAAAACAAUGACAGUUACUACUUGAUUGCUAACAACACGUUUGAAGGUUUAACAACUUGUAAUGCGAUCAGAACGCAAAAAGUAAGUCCAAAUAUAGAAAACAUUUACCCUAAUGAAAGGCUUACUAUACCUUUAAGGUGUGCUUGUCCCACAAGAAGCCAAGUUAACGAUGGAGUUAGAUACCUUAUGAGCUUUGUGAUUGAAAGGGGCGAUAGUGUUGCUUCAAUUGCUAUUAAUUUUGAGGCCGAUGUUGGUCAAACGUUCGAGGCUAACGGAUUUUCCGAGGAUGAUAAUGUCAUACAACCUUUCACAACCCUUCUUGUUCCACUACGAAACCCACCUACCACAACUAUUCUAGUUCCAUCGCAAAACCCACCAAAUGGUUCGCUGAACAAUACAGAAAACGGCAGAAGUUCAACCCAUAUUGCUGUAGCGAUCAGUGUUCCGAUCGUCGUUGCAAUCUUGGUCCUCUUUGGUGUCGGCUUUUGUAUCUAUUAUCACAAGGGUAAAAAGCCCUCCCAAGAUACAGAAGAGUUCAUUGAAGCAGAGUCAUUAAAGUUUGACUUCAAGGUUAUAAGAACUGCAACAGAUGACUUUUCCCAACGUAAUAAACUCGGCCAAGGUGGAUUUGGUGGGGUUUACAAGGGAAAACUUCAAAAUGGACAAGAAGUAGCGGUGAAAAGGUUGUCAACGAACUCAGGGCAAGGAAUUGAAGAGUUCAAGACAGAGGUUCUAUUACUUGAAAAGCUACAACAUAACAAUCUGGUCAAACUCUUGGGAUAUUGUGUACAUGGAGAAGAGAAGUUGCUUGUGUACGAACUCUUGCCUAAUUCAAGCCUUGACAAAGUCUUGUUAGAUAGAAUUAGACAGCCAUCACUAGGGUGGGAGACCCGGUACAAUAUCUUAUUAGGAACUGCAAGAGGACUUUUAUAUCUUCACGAAGACUCAAGAUUGAAGAUUAUCCACCGAGAUCUUAAAAUGAGUAACAUUCUAUUGGACGAAAAUAUGAAUGCAAAAAUCGCAGAUUUUGGAUUGGCCAGACUUGUUGGACGAGAUCAAAUUCAGGCUGAUACUAGUAAGAUUGAUGGAACAUACGGAUAUAUGGCUCCUGAGUAUGCUUUGACGGGGCGCUUCUCAAUUAUGUCAGACGUCUAUAGUUUUGGAGUAAUAGCUCUAGAAAUUGUAAGUGGCCGUAUGUGUAGCUCAACAACCUUCCCUUAUGAGGAUGAAAGUUUAUGCCAACGAGCAUGGAGGCUAUGGAAGGACGAUGCAAUUUUAGACUUGGUCGAUCCAAGACUUAAUGGAAUCUUCUUAAGCGAUGAAGUGACAAGAUGCAUACACAUUGGUUUGCUUUGCAUCCAAGAGAACGCAAACAAAAGGCCAAUGAUGGCUGUUAUUGUCUCAGCCCUCAAUGGCCAUCAUGUGGUCCUUCCGGAACCAGAACCACCUCAACUUGGUCCACCAACAAUUAUCCAAUACCGGCCAGAAUCGUCCAUUAAAUUUGCCAAAAAUAAUGAUGACUUUACAGAUAUUCAUCCUCGGUAGACAAACUCACAACGGAGGGCACAAGCUUUAAAUGAAAAUUAAUGAUGAUGAUGAUGAGAUGAACGAUGAAUAUGCUGUUGAAGAUGAACGAUGAGUCGAUGACUAUGAUGAUGAAGAUGAACGAUGAUGAGUGAUGAAGAUUAACGAUGAUGAGUGAUGAAGAUUAACGAUGAUGAGUGAUGAAGAUGAACGAUCAUUGAUGUUAUUUUUUUGCAUUUUGACAAUUUCGGAAGGAAGUUGCAUUUUUAUGUUGAUGAUAGUAAUAUGUGUGAAAUGUAAGGGGAAAAAAAUUGUAUUGUUUGAAUUAGAAUAUAAAUGCUAUUAUUGAAAAAAUAUUAAUAUUGUGUUUGAAUUCCAUAAGUUAUUCUAAUUUAGUUUUCUUUAUUCUUUGUUUUUUUUAUUAAAGGGUUUGGUUAGUUUCAGAUUUGGAUUCCAUAAGUUAUUCUAAUUUAGUUAUUCUAAUUGCUUAGUUAAUUGGUCCCAUCUUCACAUGCAGUUCUUGAUCAUAAUUGAUAAUCAAU